UCUCCUUUAAAAUUGUUGACUAGGCACGACAAUGCUGAGUUGGUAUCCAGGUGGCGAUCAAUUUCGGUUCUAAUUUUAAACUUAAAAAAUAACGAUUUAAAAAAAGAAAAGGAAAAAUAAACCCCCUCGGUCCCGACUUACCACCUCCCUCCUCCGGUCUCUUCCUUAUUCCCUCAUCUCCGCCCGACGAUCUCCCUCCACCAUUUCCAGCAGGCGAGGCAGCAAAAUCUGUCGUCGUCUAUUAAACCACCACGAUCGUUGCGCCUCACUGAUUUCAGGAGUCUAACAGCGCCAUCCAUCUCUGUGUUUUGAAGCACCGCGGUCGACGCCCGACUGAGAAGCCAGCUGAAGACGAAGAGAGAGGGACAAUUCAAUCGGAGUCCAAUCUUUGGCCGAGAAAUCUUCAAGCAAGAUGCCGAAGGGAAGAGACGACUACGACGAGGCUCAACGAUGGCGGCAGCGAGGCUCAACGAUGAUGGCCCGAUGCUCAACUACGGCCGCGGCGACGAGGGCAGAAAAUGGAUUCGUGCGUUUUAAAGACAAUAUGAGGAAUUAAAAAUUAAAAGCAAAAAAUAAUAAAAGACCAAAUUUUAAUGUUGUCAUACGUGGAAGCUGACGUGUUUGCUGAGUUGGACCACCGUUAACAAAAAAUUUGCGGUAAUGGAAUUAAUGCUAAUAUUUCGCAACGUCAAUUAACAUUUGGC